AUGAAUAGAGUACUCACUGAAAACAAGGCCGAGGCUUCGACUACUACAUCAAGUGUUCUUGUUCCUCUCAAGACCACUUUGGAAACGAGAGCUCGAUAUUCAUUGCUCAGUGUUUACAUCGCCAGCGUUCCAGCGAAAAAAGCCAGUGGUGUUCUUAAUUUAACAAGAAGACUCUUUCCUGAAGAUGGUGGCUAUGAUCUACAGCACAUAAGAAGAUUUGCGAAACAAACAGACGUUCCAGGUCACGUUCGCACUUCUAUGCUAGAAGCAAGAUCGAAGAGCGAUGACUCAGUUGAAAUUGAAUCUUCCGAGCUUUUCCUUCUUGUGGGAGCUGCAAAUCUCAUCAGCUCGGAAGAAUUGCGCGGUGCCCUUUCUCCAAUUUUAGAUUCAGCAACCAUUUGUUCCAUCGAAGUACCUUUGUUAGCCCCGACAUCGCAAGAACAAGCGAAGUCUUGGUCGUCUCAAUACUGGCCCAUAGUAUACAAGAAAAGUAAUCCAUUUGGUCCCCACCCAGCAAUUGUAUCUAGAGCAGAAGAAGAAAUACAAGGAGAAGUCGAGAAGUAUAUGGACUUAGCGGCUGAAGUAGCUCGUUCUUCAAGCACGACAGGCGUUGGAGAAAAAAUCGGUGCUGUAGUUGUCGAACGAAAGAAUGGAGUUGCGCGCAUACUUGCGAUUGCUGGUGACGCGCGAUGGAUGAAUUGGCCACGGGUUGGGUCUGGUAAUGUUACGGCGCAUGCAUCGCUUCGAGUUAUUGCAAUGGUAGCAGAUGGAAUUAGAGUUCAAGAAGAACGAAAAGCUGGCAAAGAUUCAGAAGCAAAUACUUCAAAACAAAAAUCAAUUUUCCGAGAUCAAUCAUUGGAUGUCCUCGAGGCAGAGCACCACAACUCGGCUGAAUGGAUUGACGGAUAUCUUUGUCAUGAGUUGGAGCUUUAUAUAACACAUGAGCCUUGUGUUAUGUGCUCCAUGGCUAUCGUACAUUCUCGCUUUGGACGAGUAAUAUUUGGACAACGUAUGCCAAAGACUGGUGGUAUGUGUGCAGACAGCGAACUCGGCCACGGACUAUUCUGGCGUAAGGAACUGAACUGGUCGUUGCUAGCCUGGCAGUGGACUUCUGGCAAAGAAGAUACCGAAACAUCCAAAGAAUUACAAAGCCUAGUGUCUCAUCUUGGUAUACACGCCUGA